AUGGAUUUUGGACAGGAUUUGCUUUGGAUUAUAUCCGCUACUUAUAUUUUAGCUAAGAUUACUUUCUUUCAUUUUCGUGGCACUGAGCUUAAUAAACUACUCGAAGAACUGGAUAUGCUGCAUUGCGAGCUGAAGACCGCACACGGUCAUGUUGCUGCGUAUGAGCAACGUCUUUGGUUCUUUAAUUUCGAGAGUGCUUUAGUAAUUUUAUGGCAUUGCGGCUUAGCUUUAUUCAGCAUACUCUUUAUAACGCUGCCGCUGUGGACGCAGCAGAAUUUGCCCUUUCAUGCUGUUGUGCCUUUCGAGCUGCACGAUCCCAUAAAACAUCCUUGGGGACAUGUUUGCAUUUUUCUUUGGCAAGGCUGCAGCUUUGUAUACAAUCUGGCAGUUAAUUUAAGAGUGCUCUGCAUUGAGCUCAACAGUUUUGCGCCCGAGCUGCAAAACAAUACGCAAAGAUUUCAAGCAGAGCUCAAGCGUUUAAUACAAUUUCAUCAGCGCCUUAUAUCCAUGAUCUAUCGCACCAACAAAGUUUUGUUCUUGCCACAAAUUAUGCAGAUGACAACGGGUGUGCUACAAAUUUGUUUAUCGGCUUUCGUUAGCUUGGCUAUUCAAAAUAAUCCAGCGGUUUAUAAAUUUAUAGUAUUCUUAAUACUAUCGCUAGUAUAUGUUUCCUAUUGGUGCACGCUGGGCGAUCUGGUUACAGCUCAAUCGCUGGAGGUUGCUGUUGCGGCCUACAACAUAAUUGAGUGGGCUCCAUGCUCAGCGGAAAUUCAGCGGGAUAUUGCAUUUAUGAUCCUGCGCGCUCAAAUCCCGCUACACAUGCAAGCUCAGCCCUUUCCACCCGUUAACUUUGCUAGCAAUAUGUAUCUACUUAAAAAUUGUUACAGCAUACUCACUUUACUUUUGAAGACUCUGGAUUAA